CAAUAGUGAAUAGGGCAGCCAUCCACUUGAAGAGGAUGGACCAACCAAAUAGGGGGGAUAAGGAUAGGACCCGUCCACUGAAUUGUCUCCCCACAGCAGCAUAUCUUAGCAACUGUGUGAGCCACAUUAUUCAAAGCCUGACGGACAAAGCGAGAAAGGACUUUUGAGAAACCAUGGCAAAGGUUCAGGAUAUCUUGCACCACGAGUAGAAGGACAUGCAAGAGAGCUGAUGGAAUUGGCAUUGAUUUAAAUUGGAUUGUCCUUGAACUAAAAUGCCUUGGCACCAGCGCAUCAAAUUGCCAAAGUUGACUUAUAAGGGUUAGACAAUGCUUUCACUCGGUUCAACUUGAUGCUCACAAUAAUACUCUUUCUGUCUUUCACAUAUUUCUGCACAAAUUCUUUUACAUGUUUUCCCUUGACAUGAGUUGCCUUAUAGUCAUGCACUAAUAAAGCAAACCAAGACACAAAAAUGGAUGCUAUAGAAGCUGAAAAUUUGGAGUUAAGGUCCAAAGUUUCCCAUAUUGAGCAUGCUCCGAAUAACUUGACAAACACAUCUAACCAGGUGACAACAGCUUCUAGUCCUCUUGACAUGGCAGCUCAACAUCAAGUAUGGUCCAUGUCAUCGAUACAAGAUGCCUCUCUUGCUCAGGUGGGAGAUAUAGUUGUUCUAAAAAGUAUCAUUAAACUAACAGAAACAGUUGCAAUCGGAGUACUUAAAAGCACAGACGCAUCUGAAGAAGUAGAAAGGGAAGACCUAGGACUUGACUAUUGGGAGGUACAUGUUUAAGUGGCAGUCAAACCUAAUGAGAGCUUGAUCCGAUCAUAUGGACUUGUUAAAACAGUUGGACAAGCUAUUGGAGUUCAUGUUGCUUGGUUUGCUCCAUUUGUGGUAUAUUUCUUUCGUAAAUACUAAUUUCAUUAACAAAUUUAUAUUAACUUAAUAUAGUUUCAAUUACCUUUAUAUGUUUAUCUUUUGGAUGCAAAUUUUGCAAGUUAUGGAUCCUAGCCAAGAAUAUUUAUACAAGUGAGGUUGAGAAUUUGGGAACUGAUUUUAUUUUGAUAA